CAGAGGGAAAUACACUGAUAUGUGCGCGCGGAGCCACCCACGAGGCGCGUGCACAGUUUAAUCAUAUCUGGAGAGAGAGAGAGAGAGAGAUGAUAUCGGGUGUUGAGUCCGGUGUGACUUAUCUAUCCUACUCUGCUGCUGUCGGUAACGGACCGGCUGCGCACACACCUACACGCACUCCUCUCUAUCUCCCUCUGUCACACACACACACACACACACCGGGAGCGCAGGACCGGACUGGCGCACUGGGGAAAAGGGAGGGAAGAGAGAGAGAAAGAGACACAUGUCAGACCGGAUCGAGCAGGGGAAUGUAUCGGAUUCCGCUGCACACACGCCCGGGCUGCCCAGCACUGAGGGCUGCGCUGCGUUAACGGGACACGACACCGGGCUGAGCCAGGGGCGGGAGGACCGGACCGGGAUAGUGUAAAAAGGAGUCACCUGGCUGCGGAGGCAGGGGAGGAAGGGAGGAAGGAGAGACGGAGGGAGGGUCGGAAGGGGAGCUGCGCCCGGCUGACAGAGCUUUGUUUUGGGUUAACAACACCGCUUGCGCGCAAAGUUUCCUCGAUGGCGCUGGUGAUGGAGCCGGUGAGCAAAUGGAGCACGAGCCAGGUGGUGGACUGGAUGAAAGGUCUGGACGACUGCUUGCAGCAAUAUGUGUGUGUGUUUGAGCGCGGAGGUGUGUGCGGGGAGAGGCUGCUGAGGAUUAGCCACGCCGAGCUGGAGGAGCUGGGAGUUUCUCGCAUCGGACACCAGGAGCUCAUUCUGGAGGCUGUCGACUUGCUCUGUGCUCUGAACUCAGGUCUGGAGACGGAGAGCGUCAGGACUCUGGCUCACAAACUCGGUGCCUCAGCCAAAAACCUGCAGAACUUCAUUUCCGGCCGCCGCCGCAGCAGCCAAUCAGAGAGCAGGACCUCGCGGCGGCUCCCCAACGAUCUGCUGACCUCCGUGGUCGACCUCAUCACAGCCGCCAAGAGUCUGCUGGCCUGGUUGGACAGGUCUCCCUUUGCUGCAGUGGCAGACUACUCAGUAACCCGAAAUAAUGUCAUUCAGCUCUGCCUGGAGCUCACCACCAUUGUACAGCAGGACUGUACGGUGUUUGAGACGGAGAACAAAAUCCUUCAUGUGUGUAAGACUCUGUCAGAGGUGUGUGAGCACAUUGUGUGUGUGUCAUCGGACCCGCUGGUUUCUCAGUCAGCCCACCUCGAGCUGGUUCACCUCACCAACAUCAAACCCUCUGAAGGCCUGGGAAUGUAUAUCAAGUCAACCUACGACGGCCUUCAUGUGAUCACAGGAACUACUGAAGGGUCUCCAGCUGACCGCUGUAAGAAGAUCCAUGCGGGAGAUGAAGUAAUUCAAGUCAAUCACCAGACUGUGGUGGGCUGGCAGUUACGUAAUCUGGUCGGUUCGCUGAGGGCCGAUAAAGGCGUCGUGUCCCUGACCCUGAAGAAGCGUCCGCAGAGCACGCUCAGCUCCGCCCCUGCACUGCUGAAGAACAUGCGUUGGAAACCCCUAGCUCUGCAGCCAACCAGAAGCCCAAGCAGCAGUUCGGCCACACCCUCCGGCACACCCACCAAGAGCUCUGCCCUCCAGGACCUUCACAUCCCCCCUCCACCUGCUGAGCCGUACACACCCAGAGAUGAGACAGGAGCCUUGUCUGGAGAUGAGGCAUCUCGUAACCACAGUGGCGUCAGUGUUGCUAAGCGCUCUGAGUCACCAAACUCCUUCCUGGAUCAAGAGACUCGCCGGCGAGAAGAGGAGGAGCCCGUGUACUGCACCACGCCCACAUAUGGCAGACUGAGGCCCAUCUCCAUGCCUGUGGAGUGUAACUGGGUGGGCGACUAUGAAGAUCCAGCCAAGCUUAACAGAGAAAGCCGCAGAGAAGCGUCACUGAUGCGUUAUGUGGGACUGUCCGGUGUGGACGAGAGGAUCAGCUCCGACGACUACUCCUCCCACACAGCUCGUCCGGGCAAACGGUCCAAUGACACGGCCAAACGCACCAAGAGGCGGAGCCACCACAGCCAAAGCCCCUCCCACUACGUCCUCCAGACAAGUCAGCGAGAUUCUCCACCGAGAGAUCCUGCUUCAAUUUAUCACACAUACCAACAGUCAUCCUCUCUGCAGUCAAAGACCAGGAAGAAGAAUAAAGGACGAAGUCUGGCCUCCCUGAGUCGGAGGCGUGUUUCCUGUAAGGCACUGGGCAGAGGAGACUGUGAGGGCUGGCUGUGGAGAAAGAGAGAUGCAAAGGGUUACUUCUCUCAGAAAUGGAAGAAGUACUGGUUUGUUCUGAAGGACAACUGCCUGUACUGGUACAUCAAUGAGGAGGAUGAGAAGGCAGAGGGUUUUGUUAGUCUUCCAGAGUUUAAGAUUGACCGGGCCAGUGAAUGUCGCAAGAAGUAUGCUUUCAAAGCAUGUCACCCCAAGGUCAAGAGUUUCUACUUUGCAGCAGAUGGAGUGGAUGACAUGAACAGAUGGCUGAGUCGUCUCAACAUGGCCGCUGUGGGCUACGCCGAGCGAGAGAGGAUACGCCAGGAGCAGGAUUACUGGAGUGAGAGUGAACAUGAGGAUGACACCACCUCCAGCCCCAAACAGGACAGUCCCCCACCUCCAUAUGAUACCUACCCACGGCCUCCAUCAAUGAGUGCCUACUUGGAAGGCCGGACCACUCGACUGUCUUCCACAGAGACGUCACGUUCUCGCUCUUCCCAAGAGGACUUCCUCUGUGGCGAGCCACCCGCUGUGGCUGCAGAGCCGCAGUACCAUCCUGGUCAUCUAGGGGGAGGCACCACGCACAGUGGGAGAAAGCCCGGCGGCAGCAGCAGCAGCGACGUGCAGUACAGAUGUGAUCCUGUAGAGUACCGUUCCAGUCGUGGGGGCAGCAGUGAGACAGGGUCUCCAGGCCGCUCUUCCUCAUCUCAGAGACGUUCCUGGCAGGACCUGAUUGAGACACCACUGACUGAGGCUGGACUGCACUACCUACAAACUGGACCACUAGAGGACGCCGUCUUUGCUGAGCCCGGUCCUGGUGCUGGGACUAUGAUGGCCGGAGCCGUUUACACUCUUCCUGCACAGAGGAAUGUCCCGUUGCCCAUGGCGAUGCAGAGGCUGAUUCCUAUGGCAACCCAGGGAGGGAAACCCCGCAGCUAUACACUGCCACGAGACAGCAACCUACACACACUCCUCACGCCCCCUGCGAAAGAAGAACAGCAAACACACAACGGUGGCAGCGAGGGUGCAUCCCUGGGCGACCUGUUUCGUGCGUGCGAGCAGGGCGGGGUGUGUCCUCUAGGCCGCGGGUCAGAGGCCAAAGGUCAAUCAGAGUUCAGGCAGUCUUUCCUCCGACGGGCCGCCGACCCUCAGCUCAACGAGCGUCUGCACCGCCUCCGCAUCAUGACGUCCACGUUGAAGGACAGGGAGGGGGAGCUAGCGCUGAUUGACAGGCUGUUGGCCAAUCCCCAGCUGUCGUCGGCAGAGUUCCAGGAGUGGAAAAGAGCCUAUCAGGAGCUGUUCUCUCAGGAGCCAGACUCUACCGCUGAAUCAGACCCCGGCCCUCCCCUAACCCCCUCACUCUCUCACACACACUCCUACAUCGAGACCCACGUCUGACGAGUAAAACUCACUCACACACACUCACACUUAAGUUGCUCUCAUCUCCUGAUUCUGGAAAGAGUUGGAACAAAUUGCAGCGGAUGUUUUGAUGCAUCAGAAAUUGCGAUCAGCAAAGGUUUUGCAUCAGAGCAGAUAGUGAUGGACUCGGUCGAGAGAGGGGAUGUAGGGACAACUUGACUUCACAUCCCGAUACGCUUUCAGCAGCCGCAGUGUACUAGUGCACCAUGACAGCUUUCUGAGGAGACGCCUGCGUGUGCCCCCAUGUCACAUCAAUCUACGAGCUGAUUGGUUGUGCCACUCCAGCUGGCUCGGGGGAGGACGAUAAAAUGAAUCUUAAGUGUUACAUGUUAGCUUUUGUGCUAUUUAAAUACUCGCCAUGGAAAACGCCAUAUAAAGAAGCAACAGAACUUACUUUGGACAUCAGUUUGUUCCUCCUGACAUCUCAGAGACAGAGAUCUCAGAAUAGUAUCUUCAUGAGCCGCCAUUAACAGUAUUUCAUCCUGCUUGUUGUGCCAUGUUUCUACUGACUGCACAGUGUCUCAUAGACAAGUUUAACAGCCACCGAGUGACAUCCAUUGUAUUCCAUCAAGCCUGAUACUUGAUGUCUAUGAUGAUAUUUUCUGUACAGUGAGUGUUACAGCAGAAAACAGCACAAGUCUUUUUUUAAAUCAACUAGUCUCUGUUUCUAUCUAGUUUGAUAGACUUUUGUUUGUGCUGGUUUGGUAGAAUUACGUACUGUGCUGGGCUGGACCUGAAGCAUGCACACUCCUGGAAUAGGACUCAUUUAAAGGAAAAGUCCACCCUAAAAACACUUUUAACACUGUUUUCAAACAGCUAGUGAGCCCGCGUUGUGGUAUUUUUAUGUUUUCUUGCACAAAACUGCUAUGAUGCCAGUUUCCCUGUCAUGCUGUUACUUAAUUUUCACUUAGUAUCACUUUACCUCCAGCAAUGUCACUGUAAAACAAGAGUCUUGUCUUAGAAUAUAAUCGUUGAUGCCAUUUAUUUAAUUUUACAUUUGAUAUCAGCUGCCUUUAUGAGAGCUCAUUAAUUCAUUUCUAGGCCUAAAUAUCUCCUUUAACACACUUUGACAGAAACAUGAAACGUCUCCAGUUAAAUAUUAUAAUGCAUGAUGCUUCAUUAUUGUUUUUCUUAUUGUUUUAUGCAAUAAUUAUCUCCUUAAAAACCAGCUCAUGUUCAAACAAGGCCUCUAUAAUGCCUCUAAUACCUACAUAAAUAUACUGUUAUAGCUUUUAUUACAUCACCCAAUCCGAUGAUAUCACAUAAAGGACAGGUUCACAGUUUUCAAGUCUGUCUUAUAACAAUACUGAUAUGCCCAAAUGUACAUUCAAAGAGUUCUUCCUGUCCAUAAUGGCUGCAAAGAGAUCCAAAUAAUUUCAGUGGAAGAGAUGGACAGAAAUCCACAGUCCUUGUUUUGUGUAAAAAUGCAAAAUGCAAAAAUGCAAUUUUGUACUAAACAGACUGUAACUUUAGUAAAAUAAAUAGCCAUUUGACUUCUCUAACUUAGACUGCAGAAGCCUCAUAUUAACUUCAGCAGAACUUCAUAAUGAAACCUACCUAACCCAUCCUCUAACAAAGGGUCUGUUCAAGUAAAAUUAUCCAGAUUUUGCAGCUCUAAGAAUUGAGGAAAUUUGACUCCCCCUGUGGUUGUCAGAAGAAUUAAACUCUUUGUUUUAGAAAUCUUAAUCUGGUGUUUGUGUGAUGUGCAAAUUUGAUGAAAUUAUUAGAUUUUAAAAGGCAGUUUGUUGACAACAUGUUAGGCAUUGUACACACCGGAUUCUUGCUGUUUGCUUAAUAUGGUCACCAUGGCAACUACAAGUACAUGAGUCAAUCCUAAAAACACAAAUAAUCUCUGAUUAAAGUAAUAAGCAAGGGAAGUAGAAAAGUAGACCGUUUAUCACAAAAUAACUCCUGAAACUUUCCGAACAUCACGUAUUGAUUAUAUUUUACGUAAUGGUGUAAAAGUUUCUAAGGGUGGAUUUUUCCUCAGAGACCAUUUGGCUCUCUGUAGCCUGCAUGUCACAUAGAGAAUAUGAGGAAAUAUUUAGGAACUGAAAUAUGGGUCUAAUAAAAAAUAUAUUAGUUUGUUAUUUGUAUGCUGCUGGCAAAUGACUUAAUACUCAGAGACGCUGCACAAAACUAUGAAAGCAAUCGUACACACAAAUACGCACACACGCCAAUAAACACACUACACAGACAGUUUGAAUGCUCUUUCUAUGCUGCUGCCCGUGGUUGGUUGUAGUAGCAUGUCUUUGUUGUAGAUAAACACAAUAUUCCUUUUCUGUUUUUGUGUUUGAAAACUGUAGAUACAGUAGAUCUCUCUUAAUAGAGUGCAAAGUGUCUUGGAUGAUGUUCUCUAAUUCUAUCAGGUUUCUUUUGGACUUUUGGUUGAGUAAAGAUUGUUUUAAUGUUCAAUCUAUAAAUUAUAGUAAAAUAACAGUAUUUAUUUAUGUGAUUCAUUCUGCGUGUUCUGUCGGAAGAAGAGGGUGGAUCCAAUAAAGUGUGGUCAUUUGGAUGAA